GUCCUGAAUAGCGUGCCGUGCGGUCCGGGUCCGUGGCACGAAAGUAAAUAUUUGUCAAAUCAAAUAACUUCUGGAAUACGUGAAUCUACAUAUUUUGAUAAAUACAGGAAUGCAAUGGAUAUUGAAAACGUCCAAUUUUUUAUAAACGAUGGAUAUCGGGUCCCUCAUACCGGCAGGUCUUCAAACAAACCAAUUGGAGACAAACAGUAUUUCAGCUGGUUAUAAUAAAUUAUCUGAAAAUUUACGAAAAUUUACACCAUUAGCUUUACAAUGCGCUAUAUUUUGUGGAGGAUCGCGCUGCAAAUACGAAAAUUCGAAGGCCUGGCUUCCUGUGCACAUGGCCAUAAAAGACAUAUUUUCACAUUGGGUGACGGACGAUGUUCUCGCAAUGGCAAGACCAAGUACAAUACAAAUCUUAGAGAAUAAUAUAAUCUCACAAUUCCAAGGCUGGAGUAUUAAAACUUUGAUAAAUUUACAAACACCUGGAGAACACGCAAGCUGUGGGGACCUUCUUGAAGAAAGUGGAUUUACAUACAAUCCCAAUGAUUUUAUGAAGAAUGGCAUUUAUUACUACAAUUUCGCAUGGAAGGAUUAUGGGUCCGCCACCAUGGGGAAACUUUUGGAUAUGGUCAAGGUCGUAGCCUUUGCGGUUCAAGAAGGAAGAGUCGCAAUUCACUGUCAUGCAGGGUUGGGACGUACAGGUGUUCUGAUAGCAUGCUACCUUAUUUAUAGUUUAAGAGUUAGGUCGAGUGAUGCGAUAAGAUUUGUUCGAAUGAAAAGGCCUAGUGCUAUACAAACUAGAGGACAAAUUUUGUGUAUUCAAGAAUUUGAGCAUUUUGUUCUUCCACAAAUGGUUGUCUUUCCAAAAAGUAAUAAACCCUGCAGUCUUCAGUCUUAUCUCAAAGGACAGUACAAUGUUUUACAUGGAUACGAGCAACGUACCUUUAAACAUAUACCAAAGAUAAUUUUUGCAAUAUGUGAACGGAUUCUACAACUCUGUGAUUGCCAAGAGGAUAAUUCUCCAGCAGAAAUCGAUUAUAAAGUUUCCUACACACCAUUUACACAUCGCUUCAUUUCACAUGUGUUGGAAAAACUCAGCCAGAAGGAAGAAAAAAUGGAGCACUCAUAUUCAUGGGAUGAUUCUUUAACAGAUUUAUCUUUAGAUUAUUUAAUAACUUCCAAAAAUUAUAAUAAUUUUAAUGGUCCAGUUUCAUCGAGUGAAACUCUAAACGACAUUACCGAGGAUAUAUUCUGCACAUCACCGGAAGCUCCAUCAUGCUCUUCAGCUUUUCCAGGACUAGAUGAUAAUUGUAUCGACGAUGUCCUUAGCGAUGGAAUAAGAGGGCAAGAUCUAUUUGACAAUAAUUGCUAUAAAGAAAUUCAAUCAAACAUGAAUUUAAAGAACGCAGCAGAGACACAAGUUUUUACAAUAGUAAGUGCAAACGAAGCGAUAAAAGCAUUGCUUUGCAACAAAGAAACUUUAUCCGACGAGAAAAAAAAGAAAAUAUACAACUAUCAGAUUGAUCUGAACACACGCUCUACUGCCUGGCAAAGUUUAGAAUUGGAAACCGAUCUUGAAAUUUUAUCAAGUCUUCUCUAUGAAUGGAUGGAGUCGUUAAAAAAGCCGAUUUUGGACACAGAAGCCUUGAGUCAAAUUGUAAUCCGGGGCUUUAAACCAAAGCAGUGUCUUCAAAAAUUAGAUCCCUGGACCAGAUACAUGAUCGAAUAUCUUUUAAGAUUUGUUUCACGUUUGAGGCCACUCACAAACGAUAGUCAAUCUUCUCUCCUGAAAAGAUUAAUAGCCUCUAUCACACAACAAAAAGUUCGCAUCAAUCACUCCAUUUAUCCAACAGGGAAAAAUGGCCAGAAUCUAAGAAACGGAACAGCUGGAAGAGUGACUGAAUUUUUGGUUCGAUUGCUAAACCUCAUAGAAGAAAUAAAUACCAAAGAUAUGAACACCACAUGGUCUUCCUCAAAAUGGGAAAUCUGCCAUCUCCUUCACGAAUCAGAGAGAGUCAUCAGCAAAGAAAAUUCUUCCUCGUAAAAUGAAUUAUUUCAUCUUUUUCAAAUGCAGAACAAUAAUCCAGUCUUUCAAAUAUCUUAUCGCACAAAACAACUUGAAAAUAUUCUUAAAUAUAAAAUAAUAAAAUCAAAAUAUU